AUGGCACCAGUUGAUUCUGAGGAUAUUGUGGCAAACAUUCCUAUGGACACAGGCGCGGAGGCUACUGAGGAUGAGCAUGAGGGAUUUCCGGGUGGUCCGAGCGACCCAUCCGUGUUGACCCAGUAUGGGGAACACGUUGCUUGCAGCGUAUGGACGGGAGAGGAGCGUCCUGAGUUGAAGUUAUCCUCUCACGGGAGGAAGGUCCAUAGUUUAGGCAAGCUUGUCCCUGCCAUUGAGGGACUCGUUGUUGGGACAAGACUAAGUCCUCUGAUCGCGUGUUCGGUAGACACCGACGAUCAGAGACUUUUGUCCUCAUUUGUGGAGCGGUGGCCCCGGGAGACGUCUAGUUUCCAUCUCCCGGUGGGAGAGCUCACGAUCACGCUGGACGACGUCUCCUCGCUUCUCCAUCUGCCCGUGGUUGGCGACUUGCACGCCUUUCAGCCCUUGCACGUGGACGAUGCGGUUCAGAUGCUGGUGGACUUAUUGAUGGUCUCUGUAAAGUCUGCCAGGGUUGAGACAGCCUAG